CGUGAAACUCGGCCAGAAGGCCGCUACCAGACCGGUCUGCUUAUCAGAGUGAUAACAGAUGAGUUAUUGUUGUCUUAUCAACUCGUCCAGUGAUUGUUAUCAGUGGUUGUGUCCGCCGAACAGUUCAGUCUGCUGACGUGAAGUGAAGUCGUGCCUAGUAAUUGUCGACCAAGUAAUAUGUUCUCGUGUUGUUUCUUCUAGUGCUUAUUUUAUUUGUUAUCGUUUGAAAUUUAAUUCUACGUAAUAUGAGUGCGUCUUCGACUUACUUCAAUAACCAGCCCAUGAGGGGGCCGGAGGGUAUGGAACAGUUCUCGAACCCUUACUGGAACGAUCAUUACAACCAUCUUUACCACCAGUACCAGAAUCAUCUGUACCAGGCACCGCAUGGUGUAUUCGAUCCGAGGGAAGAAAUGGAGAAAGAGGAACCGUUCGUGUGCAAGAGGCUUUCGGAGUACGAGAAAAUGAACAUAAAGAUGGAAAGUGAAGAUUCCUUGAGUUGUGAAGACCAGAGACAUUCCCAUUGCGAAAAGACCGGUGAAGGUAUGUUUGCCAAUAACCAUACGAGAUUCUACAAUGAAAUGCAUCUGACCCAUCCCCACGCGUUCGAGAGCACGAUGAUUUCACAUGAGCACCCUUAUUUCGACCAGAUGAAGUUGGAGAUGGAAAAAUCCAGACUGCCCCCCUUUCAGCAUCCUCACUUCGAAAAAUUUGCGAUCGAGGAGAGGAACCCAUCGAGUUCUCCAAAAACUGUAAUACAAGAAGAGUACCUCGACUACCCCAGACUGACCGAGGGUUCACCGAGUCUAAGUCAUUUCACGCAGGAGGAACAGGCUCCCAAAUUUGUCGAGGGUCACACCCGCCCUCCCGCCUUCGCCCAACAUCACCUGCGCAACUUAUACUCCGUAGACAACAACAAUGGGGGCACCGUCAAGACACCUGUAGAGACCGUUAAGAAUGGUCUACCUGAAGACGCUCGGCUCGUCGAGGACACCCGAAUCUUCCCCUGGAUGAAGUCAUCCUUCCAUAAAGAAGGCGGUAUAACUCCGGGAAGCAAACGAACUCGCCAGACCUACAGCAGAUUCCAGACCCUGGAGCUGGAGAAGGAGUUCCACUUCAACAAAUACUUGUCUAGGAAGAGGAGGAUCGAGAUAGCUCACGAGCUCUGCCUGACGGAGCGCCAGAUCAAAAUCUGGUUCCAGAACAGGAGGAUGAAGUUGAAGAAGGAGAUAGUAAAGCCGAAGGUAGAAGAGACAGGGGUAGAAGAGCCUACCCAAAACUCUCACGUUGUCAGCUCCACGACUUCUCUCCUACCGCAGCAUUUAAGUCUCCACCCUCAGUCCUGCUUAGGGGAACCUCUGUAAAAGAAGUGAAACACGUGAAUUUGUUCGAGUGAAAAUCAAAAUAUUCAUUAUGGAGUGACCUGUCAUUUGUAAGUUUAUCAUAGUAUUAUUCCUUAUAAGCGUAAGAUUUGUAUUUAUUAUUUGAAACUUAAUGGGUUUUUUAAGUGUUUGGGUUGAUUACUAUAGCCUAGCCUUAGUACAUAUACGAUAGUUUGCAAACGCUUCUCUGAAUGAAUUGGGAAUCCGGUUUUGUUUUAUUUUUGUGAAGUAAUAAUCAGAAUUAAAAUUUACCGUUCAAUCUACGGUAAUAUUUUGUGAUUAAAUCAUAUGCAAGCUAUCUUGCGGCUGGUCGAUACAAUCGAUACAAGUGUAAGUGCUAAUUCUGUUAAGAAUUCCUACUUUUAAUUAAUUUUUAAUAAAGUUUUAUUAAUUGCUUUUAUUUUCUUAGUAGUUAGAUAGGAAAACUAACAGCAUAAAUAUUAUUAUUAUUAAAGCUAGUAAACUAUACCCUAUCAGGUGACAGUAAAUUGUUGAAGGAGAAUAUAGAAAUGUUUUAUAUUUAUAGUAAAGUUACCUGGAUUAAUAGACAUUUAACACAAUAUUUAAUUUGUUUUUUAUACUGUUUUGAUUUAAUUAUCACUUUAAAAAUAUUAUUGUAAAGUUUAACAUAUUAUUAUCUCGUUGUAGCAGAAGUUAUUUUCGUUUUAGUUUUAGUAUAUGCAAAUUAUGCAGUAAUACUAAUAACAAGUAUUGGAUUUCUUUCGUUUUCAAAAAAUAUAUUUUUGUGAUUCAUACACUUAAUAAUUCGUGUAUUAUCGCAUUAUUUAUAAGUUGUAAUUUAAAUUUAGAUCCGGAAGAUGAAAAACUCGUAUCUUAUGUUUCAUGGCGUUUCAUAGUGUAAAUAUGCCCCUGAUGUAAAUACAAGUCAUUUCAUAUUUUUUAAAAGUACUCUUUAAUUAUAAAUAUUUAAUUUUAAAAAGUUGCCUUUAAUAUAGGACCUCUUGUGCCAUUUACAGAAAGCUAUUCACAUGUUGAAUUGUUAAAACUGAUCUCGCAACUGCUAUAUGUACUUUAUAUAACAAUAAAUAAAUAUAUAUAUUUAUACAA